AUGUGGAACCGUGAACCGGGAUGUUCCCAGCUCGAAAAACGGUCCGGCGUUAGGUGCUCUGGUUCUUCACGACUCGUCAGUACAGCCUGUGGGUAUCGCCAAAUCUCCCCUAUGGGUCCAACACAACAUAUUGAAGAUUUAUGGUCCCAACUGAUCGCACUACCACGAAAAUGGUUUGGUGCCCAGGGUUGUCAGGUAUUUCCCGCUCUUGAAGCGAAUAUAUUCCAAGAAAGAGAGUUUAAUGGUCUGGCAUGGCCCGACCUCCUCGACAGCCGUAUCUUGCCGUUCCUGAAAACACAUAUUCCUGAGCUGAGGAAAUAUAAUGAAUCCUUUAACCCGGCAUCCAAGGAUGUACUUUCGACCCAACAUCAUAACGAUUCUUAA